ACACCACUCCUGGCUGCAGUGGUGGCCGACCCCACUGCUCCUUGUUGGGAUGCUCCAGCCCAGGAUGCUCGGCUGCCCAUUCUGGGGUGAUGGCAAUGCAGGGGACAGCCUCCAGAACCCCUCGCUCUUUCUUCUCCUUCCCAACUGGUGAGUGGCAAUGGGCAACAAGUGAAGACCCAGUGUCUUGGUGUUCACCCUGAGGUCUGUGCAGGAUGCAGAGGCAGGCGGGUGAGCCCACAGCCACAGCCCACAGCUGGGCAAUGGGCAUCCUUGGUGGGCUGCUGCUGCUGGGUCACUUGGCUCUUCAGCUCCGGGCCCUCUGGUGGCUCUUCUUCCUCUCCGCUGAUGCACAGGAGGUGGCCACCAUCACAGUGCAGUACCGCCUGUUUGAGGAGGUGCCGGAGGGCACCGUGAUAGGGACGUUGGCUGAGCAUUUUGAGCACGGUGAAAGCGGUGAAAUGGGGGAAAACUUUCGUCUGCUGCAGAGCCCUGGGAUAUUUCCUCUGCGCGUGGGGAGUGGGGAUGGUGAGCUGAGCACAGCCGGGCGCGUGGACAGAGAGCAGCUGUGCCGGCACAGCGAUCCUUGCUGGGUGUCCUUCGAUGUGCUGGCAGCUGAGCAGAUGGUUCUGAUGCACGUGGAGGUCCAAGUUCUGGACAUCAAUGACCAUGCACCCCGCUUCCCCAUGCCCGAGCUGGAGCUGGAGAUGUCAGAGAGUGCAUCGCUGCAGAUGCACAUCCCGCUAGACAGAGCGCUGGAUGCCGACACUGGCCCUAACGCGCACUGCUCCUAUGCGCUGUCCCCCAGCGAGCACUUUGCACUGGAAGUUGUCUCUGGCUCUGACGGCACAAAGCAUGCUGAGCUUGUCGUGGUUAAAGAAGUGGACCGGGAGCUGCACUCCUCCUUCGACCUGGUGCUGACAGCUGCCGACCAUGGGGAGCCUCCUCGGUCAGGUACUGCUUUAAUCAAAGUAAUUGUCCUUGAUUCUAAUGACAACAGCCCCGUUUUUGCGGAGAGCUCACUGGUGGUUGAGGUUCGGGAGGAUGCUCUGCCUGGGACACUGCUGGUGACAGUCACAGCCACCGAUCCUGACCAGGGACCCAAUGGGGAGAUUGAGUACAGCCUCAGUAAGCAUGCACCUCCAGAGGUGCUGAGCACCUUUGGCAUUGAUGCCCGCAUGGGCAGCGUGGUCCUGAGGCGCCCACUGGACUAUGAGGAGACCCAUGCCUACGAACUGGAUGUGCAGGCCAGGGACCUGGGUGCCAACCCCAUCCCAGCGCACUGCAAGGUGGUGGUCCGGGUGCUGGAUGUCAAUGACAAUGCUCCUGAUGUCCGUGUCACCUGGGCGGCAUGGGAACCCGUUCUGUCCGAGGCUGUCCCCAAAGACAGCUUCGUGGCUCUGGUGACAGCCAGUGACCCUGACUCAGGGAACAAUGGGCGCGUGCACUGUUCCCUGAGCCCAGGGGAUGAGCACUUCAGGCUGAAGCAGACCAACAGCCACAGCUACCUGCUGAUGACCAAUGCUGUGCUGGACCGGGAGCUGCGUGCUGAGUACAACCUGACGCUGGUAGCACGGGACCGGGGCGAGCACUCCCUGGCAGUGUGGAAGCACCUCACCAUCUGCAUCAGCGACGUCAAUGACAACGCUCCCUCCUUUGAGAGGACCUCCUAUGAGUGUGUCGUGGAGGAGAAUGGCGAUGUGCCGACCUUCCUGCUCACUGUCCAUGCCACCGAUCCUGACCUGGGCUUCAAUGGGAAGGUCACCUACAGCAUCCGGGACUCCGCAGUGUUAGGCCUGGUCUCCAUCGAUCCCAACAGUGGGGACAUCAUCGCCCUCCGAGCUUUUGACCAUGAGCAGAUGAGCAGCCUGGAAUUCCUGGUGACUGCGGAGGAUGGUGGCCAUCCUGUGCUGGCCUCCAAUGUGACCGUUCGGCUGGAAGUACUCGACCGGAAUGACAACGUGCCUGUGGUCACUGAGCCGCCACUGGUGGGGGGCAUGGCCACGCUGUCCGUGCUGGUGGGUGCAGAGACGGGCUGUGUCUGGGUGACCUCUGGCAACAGGAGUGUCAUGGGGACAGCGUUGGCCAAUGUAUCAUGCUCCGACACUCCUCUGCUCUUCACCAUAGUGGCCAGGGAUGGAGACUCCGGCCGCAAUGGGGCUCUGCGAUAUGACAUCGUGGGUGGGGAUGGUGCGGGGCUCGUGGUGCUGGACCCUCUCUCGGGGCAGGCCUUCCUCAACGCCAGCAAUGUCAGUGGGCUGGCUGGCACCCAGCGAGACCUGGCCGUCCGCAUCAGUGAUGGUGGGGACGAACCCCUGCACGCCCAGGCCUGUGUGCGUUUGCUCUUCCGACGCCAUGGAGCCUUCUCCAAAAUGUCAGCUGGGGGGCCAGGCUGGCUAAGCCCACCCGUGGUGGCUGCCAUUUGCCUGGCUGCACUCCUGGGCAGCUGCCUGCUCCUUUCAGCCCUAACCCUGUCCCUGCGCAAGAAGGAGAAGAAGGAUGGCAUGGCCUACAAUUGCCGUGAAGCGGAGGACGCCCACAGGCAGCAGCAGCUGAAGAAGCCACCCCGGCAGAUCCAGAAGGCUGACAUCCACCUGGUGCCCACACCGCGGGGCUGGCCUCGGGGGGCUGAGUCCCAGCAGCCCAGCGUGGAGGAUUCCCCGCAGCCUCCCCCACUUCUCACCCCUACUCUCUACCGGACCCUGAGGAACCAGAGGGUUUCCAGGGACUCGGACGAGGAGCAGGGGAUGUUCACCCUCCCCAUCGUGCAGCGCCAGCCCUGCCCAUCCCACAGGCCAAAAAACAGCCCCACGGAUGUGGUGGGGAAGCUACCAUCCGAGGAGCCUCCGCUGUCAGCCCCACAGCCCCGGCCGCCCCAGCACAUCCUGCGCAGCCUGGUGCGGCUGUCGCUGGUGGCCCUGGCGGAGCAGAGUCCCAAUGGGGAAUUUGCCAUGGAGUCAGCCCCUGUGCAGCAAAUCUCCCAGCUGCUGUCUCUGCUGCACCAGGGUCAGUUCCAGCCCAAAACAAACCAUAGGGGAAACAAGUACACGGCCAAGAAUGGCAGCAGGGCAGCGGGGCUGGAUGCUGACUGCCUGAGCACAAAGGACAGCGGGCACGGCGAGAGCGAGGCUGAGGACCGCGACUCGGAGAGUGGCUUUGAGCUGUCGGUGCAGCAGCUGGUGGGAGAGGAGCUGGAGACCCUGCUGGAGCCACAGGCUGAGCUGGCCCUCAAGAGGCUGACGGCUGAUCCAGCAUGGGUGGCACGGCUCUCCCUGCCACCCACCAGCAAUUACAAGGACAACGUCUUCACCCCUGGCUCCCUGCACUCACCACAGGAUGAGGAAGCUAUGGGGCAGGAGAAACCACGGACCUUUGAGACCUUUGGGAAAGGCAAUGGGUCUGACUCGAGCGCUGCUGGGACCAGACUGGCCAGCACCUUCCUCUCAGAAAUGAGCACCCUCUUUGAAAUGAUUCUGUCCCAGAAGGUCCAAGCACACAACGAAACAGGCUCGGGGCUUCUGCGGCAGCUGUCAGCACGUGGGAAGAGCCUUGGACUGGAUGACAGUGCUCCUGUUCUGUAGGCAGCUUGGCAGCUGUGGCAAAGAGACGAGAGUCAAACAAAGCUUUCUCUAUUUGGGUGCACAUGUGUUUUAAGAGGUCCAGAGAGUCAUUCAUGUCUAGACAUAUAUCUUCCUUUGCCUCACCCCAUCAAAUUUCUCCACGACUGAUUUCACUGCGUUUAGCUCCCUUCCCCCUGCCUGUUCCUGUCUCUCCUCUUCUUCCACCCUCAUCUUUCACCUUAUGAUCACACACAACUCACACAACAGCAGGAGGGCCCUCUCCUCCCAGGGCAAGCAGAUUGAGUGAGGGGGCUUUGUCAGAUAACACCCCAGAAUGACACAGAUAUAUCCAUGUGACUACAGGCUGUGCAGCACAGAGGAUAAACUAAUAUGGUCAUGGACUUUGCAACAUGCUGCAGAGUUGGGCUCCAUGAUCUCAGUUCUUAUUUAAAUAAAAGUUUUGUUUUUUUUUUUCUAAUUCUAUAUUUCUGCAACAAGAACCAAUAUAGCUGAGACAAUGCUGUGUUUGCAGAAAGUCUGAAAAGGCAACUCAGAAAGGUGUUUCUUCACUGAUGCUUUCAGCUUUUUUCUAACACUGGGAACUUGGCAUUUUGUAAAAUGCCCCCAAAUCACCCCCUUCUACUCUGGCAUCUCUCCUGUGGUUACACUAGGUGCUCACAAUUCCUUUCUCUGCACUCUUUUUUGAGGGCCACUGGAUUUUGGAGCAUAGUCCUUGCCCAGAAGCAGACAACAGAUGGCUGGAGUCUGUCAAAGGUAACCUGGGAAAAGGGAAGCGUGAAAACAGCUCUGAAAUAUUCAGUCACAAGCUUCACCCAUACUAUAGAUUUUCAUUUUGUUUCAUGCGUAUGUGAGCUCUUAAGACUUUGGAAUAAUAGCAUGUGUCGAAAAACUGAGAUACAGAUACUAGUAACAGGAAAAGAGGCACACAAAGGUGUUGUUAACCAUGGGGACUUGCACUUAAACUGGCAAGACAACAGGGACACAGGCACUGGGAGAGGAUCUGUAGGCUUUGGCAGUGGUACACAGUUGGCACAUGGGUAGAGGAGCAGUAGAAGUUCUGGGAGAAUAGAGACCACAGGUAAGCACUGCUGGAUCACACACAUGCAGGACUCCUUUCUCAGUACCAUUGUCUUUGCUUUCCAACUAAGAUACAAAGCACAGAACAAACAUGUGUCACUCUAGCAAAGCGAUGCUAUGUAGAAUCAUGCUUUGGGAAUAAAGGAAAGCCAUCCCUCCCACUGCUAACAACACACAGCACUGUUCCUGAGUGAUUACAAAAGAUAUGCUGAGAAGAGACUGCCAGCCUACCCCCCAUCACAGCACAGGGCCAGCAGUGCUCUGCACACACUGCUUCCUUUGCCACACCACCUUUACAUUAAAAACACUGCACUGAGUUCUCCACAGGUUCCAUACUUCACACAACAAAGUUUUCUCCAAAAGCAAUUUGCUGGCACUGAAGCUGCCGCAUCAGGUGUCUUGAGGGGGUAUUUUUAGCCUUCAUUUUUAUUGCUAAGUUGAAUAACAAUGGGCAGUACCACCCAACAGAUAUGAGCUUUUCAAAAGCAUCCUACCCACACUCCCUUUCCAUGAACCUGGAGGUUACUGUGCCCUGUUUUUAGCAUGCACAUACACAGGCCACAGCAACACAGAAUCAGACACAUAAUUUUAAAGGAAAGUAAAUGAAACCUUUUUUUUUUUUCUCCCUGUUGCUCUUUGGACCAAGUAGCAAGAACAACACAUUAAGAUUUCCCCAGGUGGCCUUCUUAAUACCCUAGGUACCCACUGUUGUAGUUGGAAUCUCCAAAGUGCUUCACAGAUGACCCCAUCUCUGUCAAUAAAUUACACUGAUGAGUUUACCCUAGCAUGCUCAUACUGCCAUACUGCUGAUACAAAUGUCUUGCUGUUUUGUUUCACAAACAAAACAGGCUCUUGCACCAAAACAAUGACAGUGAGCCAAAUUCUAACUGAGAUGCAGCUGUGCAAACUAUGAGGGUGGCAUAUCUGCGACAGCGAGGAGGAUUCCUCUGCAUCUUGGGGAUGCACAGAGGACAAACACAUGGCAGAGCCUCACAUCUUCUGGUACAUUACUUCGACGUGCCUGUCAAAGGACAGUCUGUACACAAAAAUACAUCACAGCAAGCAGGUUAAAAGGGAGACAAAUUCCCCUUAGUUCAGUUUCCUGAUUCUGCAAAUUGCUUCCAGCUCCCCCCAUCCCUCACUCCUGUCCUAUCCUGAUCACUGCGUAAGCACACUGUGGAUUAUUGCAGAAUAGGAAAUACACCCGAGGAAUUUCCUGCUAAUUGUAUCCUGCUUGAUAAAGGAAACAGUCCAAGAAAGUUUGGUCUGGGCAAAAAGACCAGAGUAGAAGAACAAUCUGAGCUAUCGGAUGCACUGAGCUGUUGCUGUGCCCCUCCCUCGCUGAAUGGAGACCACAGCAAGUACAGGAUGGGGCCAUCGCCUUUGUUUUCAGAGCCUGAUCUACACAAAGCACCAGAGCAACACAGAUAGCUACAGGAAGCUGGACAGUUUGUACAGAUGCCCUUGAAUCAGCUUAAACUUGUGUGGACAAAUGCCUUUUUCCGGACCCAGCUGCCCCAGUGGAAGAAAUUAUCAUACCAGCUGCUAGUCUGCCUGCCUGACGUUGGCUACUGCCUGCUGGGAAUGUCCCUUAGCCACUUUGGUGGAAAUGAGAUGAUGUGCUUAGCACACACGUACAAUAUAAAUUUUGAAGCAAACCUUGCUUACUGUGACUUAAAGGGGUGCCCCCAUGAGAGUAACUCACUGCCAGAGCUGAAGGAAUAAUAACUGGGGACUGAAGGGCACCAACAAAGGCACAGGAUGGCUGAAGACAGCAUUACUUCCACCAGCACAGGUGGAUUCAUCAGUUGAAUCCCACAGAAACCUGGGCCCUAAUAACCUGAAAAUACUCUCUUGCUUGCAUUGCUUUGGACAAGGACUGAAAACAGACUGAACUGCUGCAGUGUCCACACAGAGAGAAGCCCAGAUUGUGCUGGAAAUCUUCCUUGAGGUAAGAUCAAAUUGCCACAGGGAUUGCAGGCCAGACUCACCCAGUUAGCAGUCAGCAUCACCAUAUGGUGCCUUGCAAGCAUUGCUCUGAAACCACAUGAAAGAUGUACAAAGCUACUGAAAUUAUAGCCCCAAACUGUACCCACCAUGGCAUGCUGGGACAUCAGCUUCACAUGUAAGUGAAGGAGCAUAAGAAAGGGCCUUGUGUUGGCCGGGAGAGGGCUAAGCUACAUAGGAGCAUAGGAGAUAUCACAAGCUUUAAUUUGAAAACCCCUGUAUUAUAAAAUAGCUUUCUGUUAAUGGAUCAGGAACCUUCUCUUACCAUUCACUACUACCCUGCUUCUAGUCCCAUACAACAAGAAGGCCCGCCUUCCCUUCUGCCUGUUCC